GCAAGGAGAGGCGGGAUGGACAGAAAAGGGGAACCGGUGAGGGUCAGGCUGGCCGCCCUUGUCCACUCGGACAACACAGCCCGGAGCAAGUUUGUGCGCUUCCGUCACAGGCCUUGGGGCCACCGAGGCGGUAGUCCUCCAGGCGCCCAGAGCGGCCGGAAGCGCGCGCGGCCGGGACGGGGGGCGGGAUCACUUCCGGUCUGCUCUGCCGGGGCGGCCACCCGGCUGGAAGGUCCGGCGUGCACACCUCCACCAGGCCGGGCGAUGGCAGCCCUGCGGGACAGGCAGGAGACCCCUCGCAUCCCGCCCCCUGUCAGUCUGGAGCCACCAGGGACGCCUGGACCCCCGCACGGGGAGGCCCCACUUCCCUUCCACAGCCACCAGCACGAUUCCGAGUCGGAGCCCGAGCAGGUGCCAAUGUCUCCCUGCCCGCCGGACCCUGCGGACGGGGCGGACCAGGGCGCGGCGCUGAGGGCCCCGCAGAGGGGCCUCCCCCGCAGACCCGCGGGUGCGGACAGCUGUGCGCAGGCGCCGGGCCCGGAGCAGCCGCCGGGGCCCGGGUCCUGCUCCCCGAAGGGGGACCCCGGCCGCAGGACGCUGGCGCCGCAGGGCGCCUUUGGGCCGCAGGGCGGCCCCGAGCUGGGGGCCUCGGGCCUCGGCCAGGACUCCGGCCUCGGGGGGCGGCAGGGCCCGCGGAGCGGGAGGCCGCACCGGUGCGAGGCCUGCGGCAAGAGCUUCCGGUACCAGUCGCUGCUGCUGAAGCACCAGCGCAUCCACACGGGCGAGAAGCCCUACGCCUGCCACGAGUGCGGCAAGCGCUUCCGCGGCUGGUCCGGCUUCAUCCAGCACCACCGCCUGCACACGGGCGAGCGGCCCUACGAGUGCGGCCAGUGCGGCCGCGCCUUCAGCCACAGCUCGCACUUCACGCAGCACCUGCGCGUGCACAACGGCGAGAAGCCCUACGAGUGCGCCGAGUGCGGCCAGGCCUUCAGCCAGAGCUCCAACCUGGCGCGGCACCGGCGGCUGCACACGGGCGAGCGGCCCUACGCCUGCGGCCAGUGCGGCAAGGCCUUCGUCUGGAGCUCCGUGCUCAUCGAGCACCAGCGCAUCCACACGGGCGAGAAGCCCUACGAGUGCGGCGCCUGCGGCAAGGCCUUCCGCGGCCGCUCGCACUUCUUCCGGCACCUGCGGACGCACACGGGCGAGCGGCCGUUCGCCUGCGGCGCCUGCGGCAAGGCCUUCGGCCAGAGCUCCCAGCUCAUCCAGCACCAGCGCGUGCACGCGCGCGAGUAGCGGCCCGGCCGGGCCCCCAGCGGGAGGGGGCGGGGGGGGGGGCGGCUGCAGCCUUCCUCCCUCCCAGCUGGCGCCGCACACGCGCACGGAGCGUCCUGAAUAAAUUCCUUUUAAUUGACGG